UACAUAUCCAUACCCCAGUAAAACUAAGAUGUAUUUAUUGAACAUUCAGUGUUCAUAGAAAUAAUGUCUCAGAAAUGAAAGUGGCAUGCUUAAAUAAAUACAGAGAUUUCUGAAGAGUGACCCAGAACUACCAUGCAAAUUCUGGUACCAAGUGGAAUGUAACAACUCACGUCUGAAUGUCCUGUUUUGAAACCACACUUUUGCCAAGGAGAGCCAGUUCUGUUUAGAGGAUUAAUAUCUGUCCACAUUGCUUCUAAUACAGCCACUGGCUUUAAACAUAGCAGUUAAAAUUCCAACAACCGUUUGAGAUACUACAGAUGCAAUAUGAGUUGAUGAAGUGAUGUAUAGAACAGAUAAGUAAUUUUUAGUCAUGCAUGGUUACUGAAUGUGGGAUUAAUUUAAGGGAUCUCUGUUUUGUUUCAUGCUGUCAGCACUGCAAAGGGUCAGGUACCUUUGAGGAGUGGCACAGCAGAUUGUACCUUUAUUCCUGAGAUGAGAUGCUGGACGUGCUGCUACGAACUCAGCAGGAACUGGAGGCUGCUGACACCAAAAGGAGAGAGACACUGCCAGUCCCCUUAUUGACAGCAGCAAUCCCCUGCCCAAGGCAGAGACUCCAAGCUGCCACGGAGUUCAGAGCACCAUGGCAGCCAGGAUUCAGGAUCCUGAGCCUUUCACAGAUGCCUCUUUGGACAAUCCAUGGCACUCGGCCCCGUGCCAGCUCUGCUUGCCAUUCCAGCCCUGCCGGCAGUGCCUUUGUGUCCCUGUGGCGGUAACUUGCUGCCACCUGCCACAGAGCUUCCCCCCUGCUCCUUCCUGGGCUGCUUACACUUGACUAAAAUCUUUGUCUUGUUAUUAAUCAUGAAGGAAUGAAUAGGGGAUAAACAAUACCUGUACAGGGCAAGAAACCGCACCCAUAUUUAUAAGGAAACCCCGACUAAUUCUGCAAAGCACAGUAGGUCAUGAUUUUAAUGGAGAUGGACUCUUUUGAUAAUGUAUCAUGUCUUCUGGUGUAACAGGACUUCAGAAGCAAGCUGAUGUUUUCUGCUAAGAAGGAAAAAUAGGUUUUCAAAGCAAAAAGGGGCACAGCAUUUGCAGGGACUUUUGGGAGGGGGGACAGGAAAAAGGAGGUCACAAAUUAGAGAAAAUGCAUGAGCCUGUUACAGAUGGCAUUGGAAAAGAAAUAGCUGGGGGAUUCACAAAGCUUGAGGUAACACAUAGAGUCCACAUGUGGACCUGAACCCUCAUCAAGCUACUGAGCACCUGGUGGGGUACAUGGAUGUGAGUCCAACACUGACAGCUGCGAGGACCUCACUUCCCUCAAGGUUUGGUGAAUUUCAAAAUCAUGAAUUUCUAACAAAAAAGAAACAUGGGAGUAACUGAUCAGAUAUUGUCCAUACUCAAAAACAAGCACAAAAUGUCAGCAUAAAACCACUUUAAACUUCAGGUUACAUCCUUUGGUUAAUGCAAAGGCAAUAGCUCAGUAGCCAGGCCUCAGGCAGACCACAUCUGUCACCUCGGGCUGCUCAGCAGUGCACAGGCAGGAUGGCAACUAUCAGGGAACAGCAUUAGGUCUUGCUGGUUAUGGAAGCUGGAGAAACAAGUAGGUUCUGGAGUGACAAUUCUUUGAAACAAACCCUUGCUGUCGGUUGAAGAGUUUUGGUUUUUUGUUUGUUGUUGUUUGUUUGUUGACUGUGGUUAAUAACACAGUUGUUGCUGUGAAUAAACGAGAAUACGUAUAAAGUUCUGUUCCUCUGGACAGCCAUCAGACGCCAAAGGCGAUACCUUCGAUCCCUUGUCAAGCCACUCCCUGCCAGACCAAGUCCAAGAAGUCUCUCACGAUCUGUGCUUGUUGUUUCAGUCGUCUCUACGUGCAUGUGUUUGGGGUGGAAGGAAUGGAGGGGAAGGUGUAAAAGGAGAAGGCUCAGUUACGACUCUCCGUUUUCGGGUACAAUCUCCUGUUUCGCCUGUCUGGAGCCUCCACGGAACUGAAUAGUAGCAUUUAUCACAAAUCGAGGGCAGCGACUGCACCCACUAGUGGGGGAAUUUUUACCGAGAUGCAGCUCCGAGUAUUUCUUUUGCUCAGGUCCCAGCGAUCACACGCUAGCAUGCAGCUUUUUUCUGAAUUUUUCCCUCCCGCUUUUGUGUUUUUUUUUUUUUUUUAAAUUUUUUUAUUUCUCUUUACCUCAAUCUUCUCUUGUUGUUUUCUGUGGGUUUUUUUUUUUUUGAUGCUGAUUUGCUCAAUUAUGUAAAAGUGAAAACUUCCUACACUUUGUCUCAUGAAACUGGGAGGAAAAAGCACAGAUCAGCCGUAAAAGCAGCCACUUAAAAGAGACUGGGUAGCCUCAGGCAAGUAACAGCCCUCCCCCACUCAUCCCCGAUUCUGCCUUAUUUCUGAUGAUGUGAAGACAAAAACAUCCAUAUAUCUGAUACUGCCAGGCCAGGAAAAAAAAAAGCAACGUGAGAUUUCUUGAAAUACCUUUGAUAUAUUGAAACCCCAGAGAAAUUGGAAUAAAGGAUCAAAGUGCAGUUACUUACAACAGUCCUCGUCUGGAGCUGUUUGCUCCUUUCUCAUCCUCAGGGAAGAAAAAGCCCGGACAUGCACCACGAUGGAGGGAACAUGUUCUACAUUUGCAGUAACUUUACAUACUACUGGCUAAAAAAGUGGAUUUAUUUCUGUCUGUUUCACAUACCUAAAUUCCAGUUUUGUUAUCUCUUUGCCAUCUCAAAAACCCACAAACUUUUCUCCUUAAGUCCCUCCUGACAAGUUAUUUAUAAAGUUUUUAAAUUGCAGUUUGUGCUCAGCAUUUUUAUGAUGAUGCAGCCAGUAUAUUAAUUCACACUCAUAAUAUUUACUCGUCUACUAAAGAGUAAUAUGCCUUGGAAGUUCUAAUCAUACCAAUUAAAGAUAAUUUAUGGAUGACUGAAGAUGAUCUAUUUAUAGAGGAUAAAUCUUAAGACCCUCUUAAGAAAACUACUCUGCUAUUGGGUUCAAAUAUUUAGUAUCAGUUUUUCCACACAUGAAAACCUGCCCCAUGCAGUGACCCAAAGCCAGGAGCCUGCCUGCAGGAAAAGUGAGCUGAGAAAGUGCUCAGUUACAUCCAAGAUGGUCUCUGACUGCCACAGCUCACACUUCCACACGAACCAGCUGCCAGGCUUGAACUCUGGAAAUUCAGAUUAACUCCUGUGCUGAUGACAGAGAGAUGACAGGGCUAAAAGAGCCAUCAGUCCAACCCAAAAGUGUUUAUGAUUUCAUGUUCUUGUCUCUUCUAUGGGGUAUCAUGAUGGUCCACUCCAGCCAGGAUUUGAAAUUCUAGAGGAUUCAGUUCCAUUGAGACCUUUUGCUUUUGAAGGAGGUGCCGCUGAACCUUGUUCUGCUCCAGUUUCACUGUCUGUAAAAUGGCUAUAAGAGUUCUUUUGUUUUAGGGACUCUUCACUGUUAAUUGUGUAGUACUUUAAAUUCCUCAGCAGAACCAUUGCACUCAGCUGUGAUAUAAAUGGACUCACAAGUGCUCAAGAGGUGAAAGCACUACAGUCGUUCUGCUGAGCUCCUGCUCUGUAUCCUGCGAUCUUGAUUCCUACACACAGGCCAGACUCCUUCCCAGCAACAGCCGGAAUAACUCCACUGAAGUUGGUGCAUCUGUGCCUGCUUAUGCCAGCGCUAAAUUUAGCCUGUGCAUUCAUCAUCAAGUUGUUCCAAUGAGUUAGUUAGAAAAAAAUCUCCAAGCAGAGCCAUGCCUGUUAGGAAUAAUCACUUAAAGACGGUACGCCACCAGUCCCUGUCCCUGCGUUCAGAACAGCACAGGCUAUCGAGGUGCAGGGGCUGUUACGGGCACGGGUGGCUCCGCAGAGCAGCCCCGCGGGCGUGCAGCCAGCCCGGCCCCAGAACUCAGCCAGGCACGGAUUCCCGAUUCCCCAUCAAAACCACCCACGGCAGCGAGCAAAGCAGCGAGCUGGAGCGCACCCCGGGCACUAAGGGUGCAUUGAGCCGGCCCCAUUCCCGGGCAACCACACGGUGACAGCCAGCUAGAGCUUCCCUCCCUCGGCGGCCCGGUCCCCGCUCUCCACCGCGCUCGGUUUUGUCGCCCCUCCCCGCCGCCAUCUCAGCUGCUGGCACCCCGCGCCCUUCGCCGGCGCUGCCAGCCCUGCCCCCGGCGGCGCGGAGGGACCGGCCGGGCCCCAGCGCAGCUACGGCGGGAGCCACCGAAGGGAAAGAAGCAGCCCCAGCCGGCCCCAGGGCUGUAACGAAGGUGGCGGGAUAGGCGGCCCCGCUGUCCCGCACGGAGCCGCCGCCCGCGCAGCACGGCCGCCCCGCGCCCUGGCGCAACAUGGCCCCGCCCGGCUCCCUUCGCCGCUCGCGGGCCGGCGGGCUCGUCGCUCGGGUGACGUCACCGCGCGCCCGUUUCCAUGGGAACCGGAGGCGCGGGCGGCGGGAGCGCCACGGGCCGCGACCGCCGGGAGCGACCCCGAUCCCCCGGGCCCGCCGGGAGCGACCCCCGACCCCCCGGGCCCGCCGGGAGCGACCCCCAAUGCCCCGGGCCCCCGGGCCCUCUCCGGCCCCGGCAUGUUCGCGGACAGGACGGCACCCGGUGCCGACGUGCAGUCGCUGUGGAGGAGCGCCCGGAGCGCGCGCUGCGAGGCGAAAACUUGCCAGACUGGGAAAAUUUCAACAGCAGAAGCUGCAGCACAGUCUCAUACAGCCCGAGAUGCUGCGGUGCAGACAGAACAGGGCAAAGAUGCUGUCCAAGACUUCCAGCAAGAAGUCCAAGUAGAUUACACUGGGCUUCUGUUGUUCCUUCAGAGAGUGGAGGAUGCUGUUAUCAAAGAACUAAAUAAAAACUGGAAAAGUCACGCCUUUGAUGGCUUUGAAGUGAACUGGACAGAUCAGGAUGAAACAGUGUUGUGUUUGCAUACGCUGUCAUACCCAGAGGCUCAAGAUCAAAACCUGCAGGUCACCAGUGUUUCAUGGAAUGCCACAGGAUCUGUCAUUGCAUGUUCCUACGGCCGGUUGGACGAUGGGGACUGGAGCACAGAAAAAUCCUAUGUUUGUACCUGGAAUCUGGACAGAAGAGGGUUGAAUCCACAGCACCCUGACCUGGUGGUGGAUGUUCCCAGUUCUGUCAUGUGCCUGGCCUUCCAUCCCUCCCAGCCAUCACUGAUAGCUGGUGGCCUGUUUAGUGGGGAGCUGGUGGUGUGGGACACCAGCAGGACAGAAGACCCUGUGAUUUGGAGGACAGGGAUGACAGAUGACACCCACACUGACCCAGUCUAUCAGGUUAACUGGUUACCUGACACCAAGCACAGAAACCACGCCCGGCUGUUGAGUGUGGGGACGGAUGGGAAGAUCCUCGUGUGGAGGGAGGAGCGGGAUGGGCGCCUGGCCUUGGCUGAAGGAUUUGCCAUCGUGGCUCAGCAGAUCCCUCGCAGCACUCGGCUGAAGAAGGUGGCCUGGGGAGAGGCAGCCGUGGGGGUGACCUCGCUGUCCUUGUCACACUUCGAUGCCGGUGUGUUCGUUGUGGGUGUGGAGGGCGGGUACUGCCUGCGCUGCUCCAGCAGGGCCCAGAGCCCGGCGCUCCGGCCCGGCGGCUCCGUUCCCCUCAGGGCGCCGGCAGAACUCGCCUUCUCCCCUCAUGCUGGGCCCGUGUACUCCGUGAGCUGCUCGCCCUUCCACAGGAACCUCUUUCUGAGCUGUGGGACCGACGGACAAGUUCACUUGCACUCCAUGUUGCAGACACAGCCCCUCUUUGCUCUACAGUUAUCAAAGAAAUAUCUGUUCUGUAUAUGCUGGUCUCCAGUUCGACCACUGGUUUUUGCAGCUGCAUCUGGGGAAGGAGAGGUGCACCUGUUUGACCUGGGGAGGAGCACGCAGAAGCCCACGGUGUCCCUGAAGCAGUCUGUGAGUGACUGCCCCGUGUAUUGUUUGGAAUUCAACACCAAGCACACGCGGCUCCUGGCAGCAGGGGAUGCUGCUGGGACAGUCAAGGUCUGGCAGCUGAGCUCCGACUUCACUGAGCAGGGACCAAGGGAAAUGAGUCACCUGGAGCAGCUGGCAAGUGAGAUCAUGGACUGAGGGGGCAGCACAACAGCUGCGAGGCUUGUAACUGUCCUGACUCCAGGAACAAUUCCCCACUCACCUGUUCCAGCGUUGGCCUGGAAAACACAGGUAACCAACAGCUGGAGUUGCCUCCACAUGACAGUUAAAUUUGCAUUUAACCAUUAAACACAAGAUGAUGUGGUUCGACCAGUAA